AUGUCCUGUACUCAUUUAGACACUGAAACUACUGCUGAACGAUGUGCCAGUUUGAUCGGCGCCUUUGAGAUAGCAAUAUCUAAUGGCCAGAAUUUAGUAUGUUGUGAAUGCUCUGAUCAGAUGAGUUUAGAGGUCUGUUUAGAGUGUGCUAAGAUCUUUUGUCGAGUUGGAGGACAUGUUCAUAGUCAUGCACGUCAGACUUGGCAUCGUUUGUUUUUGGUGGUGCGUGGAGGUCAAAUCGGAUGUGAAGAGUGUGCUGGGUACUUUGCUAUUCCUGAUGUGAUUAGAGCCCAGUCUGGUAGUGGUAGUGCGCCGGGUCGAGCCUUUAAGCCUUUGAACUUACAAUGGGUCAAGGGAUUCUUGAAUUUGAAAAGGACUUGUUACAUGAGUAGUUUAUUACAGGCAUUAUUGGGUAAUGUUCUCUUCCUUCAGAACUUCUUGGCCGUUGAGGCUGGUGUAGCUAAGUGCCGAGAUAGAGAUUGUUUAUCUUGUGCUUUGAAUCGGAUUAUUUACCAAAUGUACAGUAGUGAGGAUGGAUAUGUUGAUAUUUCGGGGUUAGUAAGGAUAUUUUGGCGUGGUGCUCCGGGUCUAGCUAGUAGUGAGCACCAGGAUGCCCAAGAGUGUUUUACUUACUUAGGACAGCAGAUUCAUGCGGCUAGUCGGGGAGGAAGGCCGUGUCAAUGUGCGGCCCAUCGGACUUUUGGCGGGAGUCUGGGUACAUCAGUUGUCUGUGCCGAAUGUGGUCGAGAAGAGGCCGCCGUUGAGCCUUUUAUGUCUUUAGGGAUUGAUGUGCAGGAGAGUGGUUUAGAAGCGGCAUUAGAGGCGUACUUAAGAGAAGAAGAGGUCAGAGUAGACAAAACAUGUGCGUGUGGGAAUAAGCAACGGUUCCUGAAGAAACAAUUCCUCCGAGAAAUGCCACAAGUCUUCUGUUUCCACUUAAAGCGAUACCAAAUGCGCAACAAUGGAGUAUUUAAGAUCGAUAAAGUCUUAGAGUACCCCGAUACGUUCAAAAUCAUUGGACAGGCUUAUGAACUUUCUUCAGUCAUUCUGCAUAGCGGGGAAGCCGAUUCCGGCCAUUACAUUGCCUAUACAAAACGAGGCACCCAAUGGUACCUCACCAACGAUGAAGAAAUCAGUCGAGCCACUCGUUCCGAUGUCUUCAACCAAUCCACCGCCUAUAUUCUCUUCUACUCCUCGCUCAGCCCACCAUCUACUUAA